GCAGGGGAAGCCAUUCAGAGUCACCAUCCAAGAAGUCCCGUCUCGAUGGCUGGGACACUGCAGCCUUCAUGGCUGCUCCUCUGUCUUGUCUUUCUGUUGUAUGGACUGCCGGGAGAGCCAAUGGACAAUUCACAACUGACACAGCCUCGUAUGCUUUCAGAAAAUGGUCACCUGGUGUUUAAAACAGGUGACAACAAAGAGAUCCGCUUCGAGCCUUCGUCAUCAGGCCGGGUAAAAGUGGGCAAUGAAGACCUCACACAGCUUCUAAGCCAGAUCAAAACUAAUACAGAAGACAUUGAUGACAUCAAGACUCAUGGAGGAGCAAUUCCUCCUGAAAUCUCCAACAACCUCAAACAACUUAAUACCAAGGUGACAACACUGGGUAACCAAGUAACAGAACUUCAACAGACAGUCCAGACAGUGUCUUGCAGCAGUGAUCCUUGCCAGAAUGGAGGAACAUGUCUGAACCUAUUGAACUCCUAUCACUGCCUGUGUCCAAGCAGCUGGGCUGGUGCUAACUGUGCCAGUGAUGUAAAUGAAUGCCAGACAUUUGCAGGAACACUGCAGGGUUGUCAGAACGGGGCAACCUGUGUCAACAGCCCUGGAACAUUUAUUUGCCAGUGUUCUCCAGAAUGGUCCGGGAAUCUCUGCACUGUGCGUUAUGAUGAUUGCAGGAAUGGUGGACAGGACUUGUGUGUACAUGGCUUAUGCAUUGAUUCAGACCGGGUGGUAUCUGGACAGCCCAAAUACCAAUGCAUCUGUGAGAGUGGAUGGGAAGCUCCAGCUGGAAACCCUGCCUGUGUGUCUGAUGUUGAUGAGUGUAACCUGCCCACCAAACCCUGCUCAUCCAACCCUCCUGUUCCAUGUUACAACACUCAGGGUUCUUUCUACUGUGGAGCCUGUCCUGCUGGUUGGCAAGGAAAUGGCUACAGCUGUCAGGAUGUGGACGAAUGUUUGACAAAUAAUGGUGGUUGCUCUACUACCCCAAUGGUCCAGUGCAUGAAUACUAUGGGUUCAUUCCACUGUGGUCCUUGCCCCCCUGGUUAUGAGGGGGAUGGGAGAACAUGCACACAAAGUAAUAUCUGCUCUUCCAACAAUGGAGGAUGUCAUCCUCUAGCUAUUUGCUCCUCCAACCCAGGUUCAGCAUUCCCUCUGUGUACAUGCCCACAAGGAUACACUGGCAAUGGCUAUGGUCCAUCUGGCUGCACCCAGAUAAGCAACAUCUGUGAGACUAACAACCCUUGUGUCAAUGGACAUUGUACGAGCACCACUUCUGGCUACAUCUGCAACUGCAACCCUGGCUGGCAAGGAAUUCACUGUGAUCAGAACAUCAAUGAAUGCUUGAGCAACCCCUGUCAAAAUGGAGGAACUUGCACUGACAGCGUUAAUGGAUUCACAUGUACCUGUACUGCCCAGUGGACAGGCCCAUUCUGUCAGACCCAACAACAAGAGUGUGGAGGCCAGUUGACUGGUCCUGCUGGUUCUUUCAGUUAUCCCAACAACCCAGGUCAUGAUGAAUACGAUCACCUGGUCAGCUGUACUUGGGUGGUCCGCACUGAUCCGAAUAAGGUUCUGCGCAUCACAUUUCCAUUCUUUCAUCUGGAGAGCAGCAACAACUGCAACUUUGAUUUUCUGCAGAUUCAUGAUGGGGACAAUCCCUCUGCUUACAUACUUGGAAAAUACUGUGGCCAAAAUAAUCCUCAAGAACUUUACAGCUCCCACAAUUCUUUGUACUUUUGGUUUCGUUCAGAUCAUUCUAUUAAUGCUGGUGGCUUCACAAUUGUGUGGGAGUCCAAAGACCCAGUGUGUGGUGGUGAUCUGACUGCUUCUUAUGGCAACAUAAACUCUCCUGGUUACCCUGGAAACUAUCCACCUGGGCGAGACUGCUACUGGACACUUUCUGUGGAUCCUGGCUUGCUUAUUACAUUUGCAUUUGGAACUCUUAGCUUAGAACAGCAUCCUGACUGCAACUAUGAUUUUCUAGAGAUUCGGGAUGGCCUUCUAUUAGAAGACCCAGUUCUGGGGAAAUACUGCAAUACUGCAUCACCACCACCUCUGCAAACAACUGGGCCAACUGCAUGGAUCCACUUUCAUUCUGACUUUACAGUCUCAGACAGAGGCUUCCACAUCACAUACACAACAUCACCUAGUGAUCCUGGCUGUGGUGGUACAUUCACUGACAGUGAAGGGAUCCUAAUUUCUCCAAACUGGCCAAACGACUAUGCCCACAACCGGCAGUGUAUUUAUUUGAUCACAUUGCCUCCAGGUGAACAGGUGGCCCUCAACUUCACUAACAUGGAUCUGGAGAACCAUAGUGAUUGUUCUUUUGACUAUGUGGAGGUCCGUGAUGGGAGGAUGGAGACUGACCUGCUGAUAGGGAAAUAUUGUGGGAGCACCCUGCCAGCUCCGAUUCGCUCGUCCUCCAAUUCUCUCUGGAUCCGUUUUAAGUCUGACAGUUCAGUCAGCCGAGCUGGUUUCAGGGCUGCCUACAGUAUUGCUUGUGGAGGUAUCCUUUCUGGAACAGGAGUGUUCAGGUCUCCAUACCACCCAAAUCCCUAUCCCUACAACAAAGUCUGUGAGUGGGUCAUCAACCAACAAGAGGGCUAUGUGGUCACAUUGAAUUUUCUAUCGUUUGAUGUCGAAGGGGGCUCCUGCAGAUUUGACUUUGUUGAGGUCAGGGAUGGACCCUCACCUAGCUCUACCCUGCUGGGGAAAUUUUGUGGUGACCAGAUUCCUCCCAGGCUCCAGUCGACACAGGAAUCUAUGUACAUUCAGUUCAGCACAGACUCCUCUGUCAACAACCAUGGCUUUGAAGCAGCAUAUGACUCUGCUAUUGAAGGCUGUGGAGAUACUCUGACAAGUCCUUCAGGCACCAUUACCAGCCCUGGUCACCCAACAAACUAUCCACAUGGUGCCAAUUGUACCUGGUACAUUAGUGUUUUACCAGGGAACCUAAUUCGUCUGGUGUUUGACUCAUUCAACCUGGAGUACCAUGCUAACUGUAACUAUGACUAUCUAGAAGUUUAUGAUGGGACUGGAACAACUGGGAACAAGACUGGCAGAUACUGCGGGCGCUCAGUUCCUCCAUCUAUAACAAGUGCUGACAACCAAAUGACCCUUCUGUUUGUGACUGAUUCAAGUUUAUCUGGGGAAGGAUUCUCUGCCAGUUAUGUGUCCAUCAAUGCUAGCACAGACUGUGGUGAGAGCUUCAGCUCUCCAACCGGAACCUUCACCUCUCCCAGCUAUCCUAACAACUAUCCCAACAGCCGAGACUGCACCUACAAGAUCAUUGUUCAGCUCAACAUGCAGAUUAUGCUGAACUUCACCAGUUUUGAGCUGGAGGGCACUCCUCCUUUUUGCAGCUUUGAUUUUGUGGAAAUCAGGGAUGGGGGCUAUGAGACAUCUCCCCUGAUUGGUAAGUUCUGUGGCAGUCAAAGACCUCCAGUUGUGGUGUCUCAUAGCAAUCGUUUAUGGAUUAGAUUCCACUCUGAUCCCUCAAUCACAAGUCAUGGAUUUAUUGCACACUGGGAUGGGACACAGACAGGUUGUGGAGGAACAUUGACUACUGCCUCUGGAGGAUUGUCUUCUCCCAAUUAUCCUUUACCAUAUCAUCCCAAUGCUGAGUGCUACUGGAACAUUAAGACCAGUCAGGGCAGCCAGGUCCAACUGUCUUUUUCAAGUUUCCACCUGGAAUCCAGCUCAUCCUGUUCUUAUGAUUACCUAGCUGUACAUGAUGGGAACAGCAGCAGUGCUCCAGAACUGGCCAGGUUGUGUGGCACUGAGCUACCAAGGCCGAUCAACUCGUCCAGCAAUCAAUUGUACAUCAAACUCCGCACAGAUAGCAGUGUCAACACUGGCGGCUUCAUUGCAUUUUACAACACCAAGUGUCAUAACAUAAUUAUCUCACAUCAACACCAAGGAGUAAUUGAGUCGCUGAACUUUCCUAACAACUACCCAGACAAUAGUCUGUGCAGCUGGACCGUCCAGGCGAGCAGUGGAAACACGAUUAACUACACCUUCACCGCAUUUCAGUUAGAAGACACUUACAACUGUAACUUCGACUACAUAAAGCUCUAUAAUGGACCUAACGAGCAAGCUCCUCUGAUUGGUGCAUUCUGUGGGACUACACCACCUCCAGCUAAUAGCACUACAGGCUCCGCCCUCACCCUGGUGUUCAGAACAGACUCCUCCAUACCCAUGCCUGGAUUUCAGAUGGCAUGGUAUCAGAAUGGUUGCGGAGGGGAUGUUGGUGGGCCCAGUGGCUCCAUUACAAGCCCAGGCUAUCCAAACAAAUAUCCUGACAACAGAGAGUGUAUCUGGUAUAUCACCACAACACCAGGAAGCAGUAUUACUUUGACUAUCCAUGAGUUUGAUGUGGAGUUCCAUGAUGACUGCAACUAUGAUGUACUAGAAGUGUAUGGAGGCCCAGAUUUACAUGCACCCAGGUUGGCCAGGCUUUGCAGCACUACUUCCAACCCAAUGCAAGUCUCUAGCACAGGAAACCAGAUCACAGUGCGCUUUAAAUCUGAUGCCUAUGUCAGUGGUCGAGGAUUCAAUGCAAGCUGGAUAGAACUCCAGGGAGGCUGUGGAGGGCCAGUCACUGCUCCUUCAGGGGAGAUCCACUCACCCCUGUACCCAGCCAGCUAUCCCAACAAUGUGGACUGUUCGUGGACGAUCCGUGUGGACACCAGUCACCGCGUCUUGUUAAACUUCACCGACCUAGAUAUUGAAAAUCAUAGCAACUGUUCCUUUGAUUAUGUCACUAUCCAUGAUGGUCCAAACAUAUUUUUUCCUCUGCUUGCCCGUGUGUGUGGGUCCAGCCCACCUCCUUCCAUCACCUCCACCCAGAACACCAUCUAUAUCCGCUUCAGAUCAGACUCUAGUCAAAAUCAUCGAGGAUUCAGUAUUAGAUUCUCUGAAGCUUGUGGAGCAACCAUUAUAACAGAUGAUAAUGGUGGGUCAAUUUCAUCACCAAGGUACCCCGCAAAAUAUCCACCAAAUCAGAACUGCAGUUGGAUCAUCAAAGCACAGGAACCAUUCAACCAUGUGACCCUGUCCUUCACUGACUUUGAGUUGGAGAAGAUAAACUCCAAUUGCUCACAUGAUGCUGUGGAAAUACUUGAUGGAGACAAUUACCAAGCUCCCUCUAUAGGGCGCUACUGUGGCUUUGAAAUACCACAUCCAGUGACGUCCCUCAGCAACUCUUUGGUGAUCAAUUUCAUCUCUGAUUAUUCUGUCUCCAAGAAAGGGUUCAGAGCUGUCUAUUCUGCCUCCACAUCCAGUUGUGGUGGGGAUCUGGUGAUGCAGAGUGGUGCAUUUAACAGCCCUAACUAUCCAGAUGCUUAUCCACCAAACACGGAAUGUGUUUGGACACUUAGGAGCUCACCAGGGAACCGUAUACAGAUCUCAUUUAUAAUGUUUCACCUUCAAGGACAGUCAGACUGCCAAAAUGACUACUUGGAAAUCCGAGAAGGCAGUUCAACUGGAUCUCUUGUUGGUCGCUUCUGUGGAACCUCACUGCCCUCCAACUACACAUCUGUGACUGGUCACAUCCUGUGGGUUAAAUUUGUCUCGGAUGGAUCAGUUAGUGGGGCCGGAUUUAGAGCCACCUUCUCACACUUGUACGGGGUUGAAUUGGUGGGAGAAUCGGGUCAAAUUGCAUCCCCACUGUUUCCCAGGACAUAUCCCAACAAUGCCAAUUACAGAUGGACCAUAACAGUGGAGGGAGAUAGCUACAUUCAGAUCAGCUUCUUGGACAUGGACAUAGAGGACCUCUAUAACUGCUACUAUGACCAAUUGAAAAUAUUUGAUGGCCCAGAUGUUUAUUCCUACCCUCUUGGAACAUUCUGUGGUCUGAGCUUACCAACUCCCCUUAGAAGUUCAGGAAGCACUGUCACCUUGCACUUCAAAUCAGAUUCAAUAGUGGGAGGACGAGGCUUCCUUUUGGACUGGACAGCUGUGAAAGACUCUGGACCACCACCUACUAUUACACCAGGGGCUUGCGGUGGAUUUCUUCUAAUUGGAAAUUCUCCUGGUUUCCUCUUCUCACCGGGAUGGCCUGAAAACUAUCCUCCUAACCAAGAGUGUACCUGGCUCAUUCGGGCUCCAGAUUCCAUCAUAGAAUUUAAUUUCUUGUCUCUGGACAUGGAGGGAUAUCCACCCUGCUACUCUGACAACCUGAUUAUCAGAGAUGGUGCAAACAGUCUGUCCCCUGUCCUGGCCAGUGUGUGUGGGAGGUAUCCUCCAGGCUCCAUACACUCGACAGGAGACUCAAUGUUCCUUCAUUUCUCUUCUGACAGCGAUGUCAAUGGCCAAGGCUUUAAUGCCUCCUUCUCCAAAGGUUGUGGUGGCCUGGUGCAUGUAGACAGAGGUGUUCUGACCAGUCCUCACUACCCUCAGAACUACUUGCCUGGAUUAAAUUGCAGUUGGCAUGUGAUGGUUACUCCAGGAUUUCGGGUUUCAGUGUCAUUCCAAAAUCCCUUCCAGAUUCAAGGCUACGGCACUGACUGUAGCUCAGGAGACUACCUCCAGCUCAGAAAUGGUCCAGAUGGUUCGUCUCCAAUUCUAGGAGGUCGUCUCUGUGGUUCCAGUCCUCCUUCCGUCCUCCAAACUACAGACAACCACCUCCAUAUUCGCUUUGUAACUGAUUCGAGUAUCGAGGCCAGCGGCUUCAAGUUGAUUUUUGAAGCCCACAAUGAAGGAUGUGGAGGCUCUGUCAUGCUGACAGAUAAUGACCCACCUGGAUACAUCACAUCACCAAACUAUCCACAGAAUUACCCUCAGAACAUUGACUGUACUUGGGUGUUAACCGUACCAAAUGGAGAAGCUGUUCAAAUUGACUUUGAGGAAGAUUUCUACAUUGAACCCACAGCCAGCUGUAGCUUUGAUUACUUGGAACUUCGAGAUGGCUCAUCAUUGAAUUCAGACCUAAUUUCUCGGCUGUGUGGAAACACUAGACCGUCUACACAACAUUCAAAAGGCUCUGCAAUGUUGCUCAGGUUUCGGACUGACAGGAGUGUAACACACAGAGGAUUCAAAGCAAAAUACUCCAUAGCAUCAUGUGGCGGCACUUACAUAGGACAGACGGGGGAAAUUCAUAGUCCAGGCUUCCCUGGUUCUAACUAUCCUGAAAACUCCAACUGUGAAUGGUACCUAGAAGGGCCCACGGGACACUACCUUACCUUGAGCUACAAGAACCUGACCCUGCAGGACAGUGCAGGAUGUGCUGCUGACUAUGUGGAGAUAAGAGAAUAUAAUGCUUCAGGACGUCUGCUGGGGAAACAUUGUGGAAACAAUAUUCCAGCUUCAGUUGAUACAUCAGACAGUUUUGCUUAUGUCAAAUUUGUGAGUGACAACAGUAUAAAUGCAGCUGGAUUCCACCUGUUUUUUGAAGCCAGUGUUGAAGCGUGUGGAGGAGAGUUGAAUGCUCCAUCUGGUACCAUCACCUCACCCAAUUACCCAAAUUUAUAUCCUCACAGCAGAGUGUGUCGCUGGGAAUUGGUGGUCACACCGAACCGCAGGGUUACACUCAUCAUUAAUGACAUGCGCCUGGAAGGUUCUGGCACUUCCUGUGUGUUUGACUACAUUGAUAUAUUUAAUGGGUUGGGUUCUGAUGCACCUCGUCUCCAUCGAUUCUGUGGUACAGUCUCACCAGGCACUCAGGUGCACUCUUCUGGCAACACCAUGGCUAUUGUAUUUCGCACCGAUGCUUCUGUUUCCAGUGGUGGCUUUAUGGUUACUUACUCCUCUGAUGAGCCUGCGGAGUGUGGAGGAAUUCUGAAUGACCCGGUUGGAGGCAAUUUCACAUCACCUGGUUUCCAGGUGUCCAAUUACAGUAACAACCUGAACUGCGAGUGGUUGAUUCAGAAUCCCAUUCACGUCAACUCUUCAAUUGUGGUUCUCAUUGAAGACUUGCACCUGGAAAACCAUCAGACUUGUGAACUGGACUACCUUCAGUUCCGCCUGGGUGACUGGGAUGGGGAGUUAUUGGGGAGAUUUUGUGGACAAACGCCACCCCAGAUCCCAAUUGUGGUGUUCACGCCAGAACUGUGGGUUCAUUUCCGGACUGACUCUUCACAGGGAGAUUUGGGUUUCAAGGCCAAGUACUCAUUCUCUGAAUGUGGAGGCUGGCAAACAGGUGAUGGUGGCGUGUUAUCCAGCCCUAAUUACCCCAACAUGUAUCCCAGCCCGAGUCGCUGUGCUUGGCUAUUGGAAGCUCCCAUUGGCCACACUAUCACGUUGAGCUUCAGCUACUUCAACCUAGAAUCACACGCCACAUGCAGCUGGGAUUCUGUUACAAUUUUUAAUGGAGGUUCCCCUGGAUCUCCAAUAAUUGGCCAGUACUGUGGAACCACCACUCCUGGAACUAUCCAAUCAGGCUCGAACAAACUGGCUGUAGUUUUCUUGGCGGACCAUAGUGUAUCAAAUGGUGGAUUUUUUGCUUCCUGGUCUGCUGACUCUUCUGGUUGUGGAGGGGUGAUCCAUGCUGAUACAGGAACAAUUAAGUCACCAAAUUACCCCCAGAACUUCCCAGCGAAUACAGAGUGCUUUUGGCAGAUCAUUGCCCAUGAGGGAAACCAUCUGGAGAUGAGCUUUGGUGAUAACUUUGAGAUUCCAGACAGCACUGGCAGCUGCCAGACCAGCUAUAUCAAGGUUUGGUCAGGCAGUACCCAGAAUUCUGAGGAUCUGCUUGUGACAGGCUGUGGUUCUUUGGCACCAGAACCCAUUGUCGCGCCAUAUAACCUUAUCACAACUCGAUUCCAAGCCACUGCUACCGCUGGUGUAGGUUUCUCCAUGUCCUUCAGCACCCGGUGUGGUGCAAGUUUCAGUGCUUCCAAGGGUCGAGUGGUUUCUCCAAAUUUCCCAGCUGACUACCCAGACCGUGCUAACUGCAACUACACUAUAGAUGCUGGACAGCAGACAGUGAUUGUUCUCAGCUUUCAGGUCUUCCAGAUAGAGGCACACUCCACUUGUAUGUAUGAUGGUCUCAAGAUCUACAGCCCAGUUUCUAGUAGCACUGAAAUGGCUACUUUAUGUGGUACCAACAUUCCAGGCCCUUUUUCCACCUUUGGUCCUAUGUUACUUCAUUUCUACUCUGACUCUCUGUUUACCAGCCGUGGCUUCAUGGCAGAAUACAGCGCCAUACCAUGUGGCGGUUUCUUCAAUAGUACUUCGGGUACAGUGAGCAGUCCGGCCCUCUCCAUUACCAACUACCACCACAACAUAAACUGUACCUACCACAUCAUUGUCCAAGCAGACACAGUGGUAGAUCUCAAAUUCAAUACUUUCAGCUUAGAAGCUUCUUCUUCAUGUCGCUAUGACCAUGUGGCUGUGUAUGACGGGCCUGACAGCUUGGCACCAUUGCUGGGAAGGUUCUGUGGAACAGUGCUCCCACCUGACAUGCGCUCCUCUACAAAUAAUUUGUUCAUCAUCUUCAGUACAGAUGCCACAGUUAGUGGUGUUGGCUGGAGAGCCACUUACAGUCAAACACUUGGUCCAGCACAAGGAUGUGGGGGCUACCUCUCUAUGCCUAUGGGCAUGUUGGGCUCACCAGAUCCAAACCUGGAUGGACGUUAUGAACCCAGGAUGAACUGUGUUUGGACCAUUGAGAUGCCUGUGAACAAAGCCGUCAAUCUCUCGUUCAGCUCCUUUGACCUUGAGAGCUCCUCUACUUGUCGCUAUGACUAUGUCGAGAUAUAUGAUGGAGGCAAUAUGAACUUUCCUCUAGUUGGGACAUACUGUGGAAGCUCCAUUCCUGCCUACUUCUUGUCAAGUGGAAACUUCUUGACUAUUCACUUUGUGUCUGACAGCUCUGUCCAGAAGCAAGGAUUCAAUGCGACCUACAGAGCAGUACCGUUGCUGUGUGGCGGGACUCUGAAUGCUACGACUGCAAAGCAGACUUUGACUUCACCAUCCUUCCCCAACGCUUAUCCUCCUUACACCUACUGUCGGUGGAUCAUUGACUCUCCACCACUAGAAACCAUUAAAGUGUCAAUCCAGACAUUUGUCCUGGAUCCAAGCCAAAGUUGCUCAACCAAUUACCUGGAGAUUAAUGACUGGCCUUUGGGAGACUAUGGACAAUCACACAAAUUCUGUGCUUCAGAUGACCAUCCACCAGACUUUUACAGUAACAGCAGGACAGUUCUGGUGUACUUUAAAUCUGAUGCCUUCCUGAUAGGAAAUGGUCUCAGUUUUAGCUAUGAAAUUGCUGACUGUAGUCGACUAUAUGAACAGGAAUAUGGCUACCUCAAGAGCCCAGGAUGGCCUGAAAUCUACCCCCACAACAUGGAUUGUGUGAUAAUUCUGAAGGCUCCACAAAACAGUUCCAUCUCUUUCUUCUUUAACAACUUUGAUGUGGAGAGCCAAAGCAGCUGUAACUUUGACUACCUAGAGAUCCGUAAUGGAAGUACAGCAGACUCGCAGUUGAUUGGUAAGUUCUGUGGUCAAACCCUACCCAACCCCAUCUUCCCACAAUCCAACCAGCUGUACCUACGCUUCAAGAGUGACUUCUCUACUGCCCGGGGUGGAUUUGAUGCUACAUGGACAUCUUCUCCAAAUGGAUGUGGUGGCAUCCUUUAUGGAGACCAUGGUUCAUUCUCUAGCCCCAAUUUCCCAGGAAGUUACCUAAACAAUACUCAUUGUGAAUGGAGCAUCAAGGCACCUAGAAAUCAUGUGGUAACCAUCACAUUUGCCCAGUUCAGUAUUGAUGACCCAGGAAAUUGUCAAAGCAACUUCUUGAAGUUAUAUGAUGGCCCAGAUACCUCCUCAGCUCCAGUUGGACCUUACUGUGGAGUGGAAACCAACAUUGCUCCUUUCAGAGCCUCCUCCAACCACGUUUAUAUUGUUUUCCAAGGCCAGUACUCCACCUUGCCAUCAGGCUUUAGACUCACCUGGAGCAGCUGAAAAACAAAUAUGGUUUCCAUGUUCUAACAUGCACACAACAGACAUAUUAAUCAUA